AUGGUCGUUCUAUAUACUGGAAAUCCCCCGAAAGGCUGCUGGGUCGACACUUGGACCUGUAUGCCACAGUUGACCGAACCUGCAAAUCUCCCUCCACCACCGUACAAUGGAAGCACUGCCAUCUUUGGAAAUUCCUCCAUUCGCCAGACAAUCAAAAUCUCAACAGGCGCUUCCCAAAUCCGUCUGCGUCUGAGCAAUGCAUUUGGCACGACAAAUCUCCCAAUCACUGCCGCUACUAUAGCUCUGCCGGUGGCAUAUUCAGGGCGUAACUUCACCGGAUCCAGCGGUAUCAACAAGACUACCGUACGACCUCUUACUUUCUCGGGCAAUCAAAGCAUAUCAAUCCCAAAUGGUGCUCUGGCCGUCUCUGAUCCUUUGGCCUUCGCGCUCAAAGCUGGACAGGUCCUGUCGAUAACGAUCUACCUGGCAGAUGGCCAGCAGGGCAACGCAAUCACAUCUCAUCCUGGCUCGAGAACUCAGAGCUGGAUUGCCCAUGGCGAUCACACGACGAGUUCAAACAUGACCGAUCCUUCUGCCACCAGCGUUUUCCAUUGGUAUUUCAUCUCAGCUUUAGAAGCUUGGCAACCGGCGGAAUACGGAGCUCUAGCAAUCGUGGGCGACAGCAUUACUGAUGGUCGAGGAUCAGACAAUAAUGGCAACAGCCGAUGGCCCGACCUACUGUUCAGCCGUCUGCAACGUGAAUCCAUGCUUGGAGAUUUGCUGCAAAAGAUCAGCAUUGCGAACCAGGCAGCUGGCGGCAACCGAAUCCUAGCCGACGGCCUUGGACCUUCAGCACUGAGUCGAAUUGAAAGGGAUGUGCUCGCGCAAUCCGGAGUCAGAUAUGCCUUGAUCUUUGAGGGUGUGAACGACAUUGGCGUCGCCGGCUCAGAUUCCACGAACCAGACUGCCAUCUACAACGCGCUCAUCCAAGCAUAUCAGCAGAUGAUCACUCGAAUCCAUGCUCGGGGCAUUGCUGUCUUUGGUGCGACCAUCACACCGUUCGGAUGCAUGAAUACGACUCUGCAACCUUAUGCAACCCCUGAGCGCGAAGCCACAAGGUUGAAAGUCAAUACCUGGAUCCGGAAGAGCAUUGGCAUGGCCGGCGGUUUCGACGCCAUCGUGGAUUUCGAUGCGAUUGCAAGAAAUCCCAGGAAUGCGACUCAGCUCAACCCACUCUACGAUCUUGGUGAUUGUCUGCACAUGAGUCCAGUAGGCUAUCGGGCACUCGCGGACGGAUUUCCUCUUGAUGUCUUUCGACAAUUUGAGCAUGGCGUGAGCGCAUUCAUGUAG